GGCACGAGCUGUCACCGCGUAGAAGUAACGACGAGUAGAAGGGCGCGAGUCGGUCCCGAGUUCCGCCUCCGGAAUAUCGGCGAGCCUGUUGCAUUACGUUGGAAACAUAACACACACACACGCGAGCGCGCGCACAACACUGAUCUGACAGCAACUUUCUGUCAGCUGCACGAGGAAUUAUUUUGUUUACAUUGUUUUUUUUCUUGUGCCAUGGCUGAUGUCAGUGACUCGUCCUCAUCGGACGUGGCGAACCGCUUUGCCCGUAAAGGCGCGCUGAGGCAGAAGAACGUGCACGAAGUGAAGAACCACAAAUUCACCGCGAGGUUCUUCAAGCAGCCGACUUUCUGCAGCCACUGUACCGACUUCAUCUGGGGCUUCGGAAAACAAGGAUUCCAAUGCCAAGUGUGCUCUUUUGUGGUCCAUAAGCGUUGCCAUGAGUUCGUCACAUUCUCCUGCCCCGGAGCGGACAAAGGACCCGACACAGACGAUCCAAGAAGCAAGCACAAAUUUAAGAUCCACACUUAUGGCAGCCCGACAUUUUGCGAUCACUGCGGCUCGCUGCUGUACGGCCUCAUCCACCAGGGCAUGAAAUGCGAUACAUGCGACAUGAACGUCCAUAAGCAGUGUGUGCUCAACGUGCCAAGCCUGUGUGGAAUGGACUACACGGAGCGGCGGGGACGUCUCUUUAUGAAGAUCGACGUGAAAGGAGACGAGCUGCACAUUACAGUGGGCGAAGCUAGAAACCUGAUCCCGAUGGACCCUAAUGGAUUGUCCGACCCAUACGUGAAGCUCAAGCUAAUCCCUGACCCAAAAAAUGAGACCAAGAAGAAGACCAGGACAAUCCGCUCAUCACUCAACCCCACCUGGAACGAGACCUUCACAUUUAAGCUGAAACCCACAGAUAAGGACCGCAGGCUUUCCGUGGAGAUUUGGGAUUGGGACAGAACCACUAGGAAUGACUUCAUGGGUUCUAUGUCGUUUGGUGUAUCCGAGCUUAUGAAGUGUUCAGCAUGUGGAUGGUAUAAACUGCUGAACCAGGAAGAGGGCGAGUAUUACAACGUGCCUAUUCCAGAGGAAGAUGACGGAAAUGUGGAACUGAGGCAGAAGUUUGAGAAAGCUAAGCUUGGUCCUGGUAAGAAGGCCGUCACCCCUAUUGAUGACAACAGGACCAGUUUGCCCUCCGUUAAUCUGGACCAGGUCAAACUCACAGACUUUAACUUUCUGGCCGUGUUGGGGAAAGGAAGCUUCGGGAAGGUGAUGCUAGCAGAGAUAAAGACCACAGAAGAACUAUAUGCUAUAAAGAUCCUAAAGAAAGAUGUUGUGAUCCAGGAUGACGAUGUGGAGUGCAUCAUGGUGGAGAAGAGGGUGCUGGCACAGCAGGACAAACCCCCAUUUCUCACCCACCUCCACUCCUGUUUCCAGACUGUGGACCGUCUGUAUUUUGUGAUGGAGUACGUGAAUGGUGGUGACCUCAUGUAUCACAUUCAGCAAGUGGGCAAAUUUAAGGAACCUCAGGCAGUGUUUUACGCAGCAGAGAUCGCUGUCGGUCUGUUCUUCUUGCACAAGAAGGGAGUGAUAUACAGAGACCUGAAGCUAGACAACGUGAUGCUGGAUGCUGAGGGACACAUCAAGGUUGCAGACUUCGGCAUGUGUAAGGAGAACAUGUAUGAAGGUGUAAUGACACGCACCUUCUGUGGAACACCCGACUACAUCGCCCCAGAGAUUAUCGCGUACCAGCCAUACGGCCGCUCUGUGGAUUGGUGGGCUUACGGUGUGCUCCUCUACGAGAUGCUGGCUGGACAGCCACCAUUUGACGGUGAAGAUGAGGACGAGCUCUUCCAGUCCAUCAUGGAGCACAACGUGUCCUACCCUAAAUCCUUGUCCAAAGAGGCUGUGUCUAUCUGCAAAGGGCUGAUGACGAAGCAUCCUUCCAAGCGUCUAGGCUGUGGUUCAGAAGGCGAGAGGGAUGUGCGUGAGCAUGCGUUUUUUCGCCGCAUCGACUGGGAAAGACUGGAGAACCGAGAGAUUCAGCCUCCAUUCAAACCCAAAGUGUGCGGGAAGGGAGCUGAGAACUUUGACAAGUUCUUCACGCGCACACAGCCACAGCUCACACCUCCAGACGAGCUCGUCAUCGCCAACAUCGACCAGUCCGAGUUUGCCGGCUUCUCCUUUGUCAACCCACAGUUUGUCCACCCGUCGCUCACCAACACAAUAUGAGCGAGGAACGAGUCAGGCUCUAGGAGUGACUCUACAUACACGACCCCCAGAAUGCCUCACGCUUAGUCUUUUCCUCAUCAUCUCUAAAACAAUUUCAAUCUUAACUUUCUAUCAUUUCCUUAUACAAUAAUUCAGUUCAUCAUUUUAUUUUUAGGCCAGUCAGAGAGUUAAUAGCGCUCGGAUGUUGGUGUGUGUGUGACUGUUUUUACCCUAAACUGACCACUUAAUAUCAUAAAGCACGUCACGAUUUAUUUCUCUUAAUAUAAAAAAAAAAACCCCGUAAGAGAUGCAACAACCUGUGCUUCCUGGUGUUUAUAGUGUAAUCCACGCCAGUCUUCCUAAUCCGGAAGCAUGAAGUGGGGUUCUCUCGGACUUUAAUAAUAAUAAUGCGAUAAUAAUGUCAGUUACCGUUGCUUGUAGUCGUGCUAACAAGCAAACGGUCUAAAUGGUGUUUAAGUUUUAAACAGCUCUGAUUGAGCUUUUCGGAAAUCAAAGACCGGAUCUAUAACGACUUCUAGAGAACGUACGCUAUGGUUAUUUUAAAUGAAGGAAGAUUUCGGACCCAGAAGCAGAUACUAAAACAUCAAGUUGUAGACAGGAUGGCUAACCAGCUUACUAUCGAACAGACAUGCUAGCGGAAUGGCGUGAUAGUAUUCAUAUCCGUGAUUUUAAUAGAUGCAUCUAGUUUCCUUUUCCGGCAUUAUCAUAUCUAUCCAAUACAAGAUUGAUUUUUAAACCUUAGGAUUAUUUCGAUCGCAUUAUUCUGUGUUAGUAUUGCUAACAUGGCGCUGCUUAAUAACUUUGUGGUCUGCACGUAAAAUAGCAAAACCAAAUCAAGGUCAGAUGAUCUUUGCGUUUAGCUUCUCGUCUAUUCGUAACAGUUUUCUGUUACGUUUUUUAAGAAAGACGCUUUCUCCUGUUUGUUUAAGAGAAAUCAUUUUAAUGGGAAUUUGAUGCAAUUGAUUUCUUUUUUUUUUUUUAAUAAUAAUAAUAAAUGAAAUUAGUGAUGAUGAAUUCAGACGGAAUGAAGUGUUUGCAUACUUGUCAUACACACGUGAUGUGUUGCAUGCUCCCAACUUGGAAUAACACCAGAGUAUUAUGUUGUUGCAAUGACAAAGUUAUAUAUAUAUAUAUAUAUUCUCUAAAUGCUAUUUGCUAAAAUCAUCUUUCUACUACUAUUUUAGAUUCCUUUUAAAUCAUUUUUCUUCCCGAUAUAAUAUUGCAUCAAUGUAUUAAUGAUUUUGUAAAUAUUUCUAGGUUAUUUAAAAAGGAGAGAGAGAGAGAAAGAGAGAGUGAAUAGCAAGUUAACGUUUUUAUACCAACAACUGAAUGUGUUUUUAUGACAUUUAGCUGACUUCUCUAGAUCGAUCCUCUUCAUCAGGUUUGUGUCCUUGCACGUGUUUCAAUCAGCUGAUGUUUAGGAAAUUUAUCAAAUGCUUUACGCACUGGUUUAGUAACCUUUUUAGUCCUGUCCCUUAUAAAUGUUUACUUGCUGAUUCAACUUUUAUAUACUUGUAUAUACAUGACAUACUACACUACUGUUCAAAGGUUUGGGUAUGAAUUUUUAAUCACACUCUCAGAAAAGUCAACUGUACAUUUCCUGGUCAUUGCAGUUUUAUUAGAUGCUUAUCCAGCACAUAACCUUAUGAUCCAAUUACGUACCAUUGCAUGCUGAAGGGUGAAAUGAUGUGACCAGGAAAAAUCCAGUUGGGUUUUUCCUGAGCAAACACCAAAAUGUCUUUUUAGAGGAUUUUUGUGUUUCAUAUCGACUGAAGCAUUUGGAGAUGGAAAGAAAGUGUUAAUCAAAUAAGCGUUAAUUAAUCAUUAAAUAUACUGAAAAUAAUCAUUAAACUAAAGUAAACUUCCACGGAAAGGCUUGAUCACACCUUUCAAAAAAAAUCAUUUUAUAUAUUAACAUGUUUAUAAUAUUUUCUUAACUUCCUUUUUUGGGGCUCCUGGUAUUCUAUAUUAUAAUCAUAAUUAUUUUCAAUCACCUAAAGUUUUCCAGCUUUCCACAAAAGACUAGGAUAAUAUCACAAUCAUUUUCUACUCUGAAAUCGAAUGAAUUUGUUAAUAUUACUGAUAACGUUCAUUCCGAAUCAUUUCUCAGACUUUUGAACAGCAGUGUGCAAUAUAUGAAAGAACUAAAAAAACACACUUAACAUAUUUGUGUAAUUUGGAGUUUUUAUGUACUAAGGUUUACAUCACAGCUUUAUUACCUGCUUUAACAAAAAAAUAAAUAAAGGCAGUGUGCCAGACGCCAGCACAGACGCUUAAGAAAACAACCCCACAUGUGUUUCCAAACAUGUCUGGAACAGGCUAUAUUGUUUGUGAGAGUUGAUUGGUUGUUAAGUGUGAGCUGAUUGGCUGCUGUGGUUCUCUGGUGUAUAUAUAUAUAUAUAUAUACACAUACAGUGUGCAUGAUGACUGAAGCAUUCCAGAUCACACAGCAUAGACUUAAUGUGGCGAAAAGAUAUCUUAUGUGAUGGGAUGUUUUUUGUCCUCUGUCAGUCUUAAAAGUAAUGAAAAUGUUGAAUUUCUUUGGGUCUCAUAUUGUAAUUUGUAUUACACUGUAGGGAAUUUGUCAUUUGAACCUAAAAGAAGAUCUGAUAACCCGUUUGUUUAUCGUCAUCAGAUACACAACAACAUGUGGGCGAAUUAUAAUUAAAUAACAGCUGCUUGAUCCUAUAAUACGUAUUGUUUUAGAACCAUGUACAGGCACUUGUUGAUUAGUAAUUAGAAGAUACAUCGUGAUACUACACGCGAACAGAGUAGAAUUAUCGUGAUUAGAAGGUUUUUCCUAUAUAGGCAGAAUGACAGCUCAUGUAAGCUUGUAAACUGGUAUUACUCUGAUGGAGGCUUACUCUUUCACACCAGAGCAUUUCUUAUAGAUUAAGUACAAGUUGAGGUAAAGCUAAGGUACUAUAAAACAAAUCCAUCUAAUUAGGAAGAGAUUUUCUAGUCACCGAUGAGACCCUUCAGUGUCAUUUAUACCACUUAGUUUAUACCACUUAAACUUUUUUUUAUGAUGUCAUUAUUACUAUUAGAAUUAUUAAUUUUUUUUUAAUUAGGGUCACAGAUAAAUUUAGUUUUGUAAGGUUCGAUCUGUAUUUGGUUGAUGCCUAAAAUGUUUUAAUGGUCUCAAAAUGUUCAUAAUAUUCAUAAUAAUAUCGGUCUGAAAAUAUAGAGGAAAAUGUAAAUAUCCAGGGAAACAAAAUGUCUCUUCACCAGGUGGAAUCUUAUAAUAUAUAAGAUCAUGACUUUGUUUGUUCACUAUUGCCUGCAGAUUUUCUUCCCUUUUGUACCUAAACCUACGAUAAAGCCAGCUUACCCACCAAUUCAGCUAGCUAGGUUAUUCGAGGUCACAAAAUGAUAAGGAAUUACUGUAUCAGGUGUCUGGUUUGUCUGGUUCGAACAGAAUUAUGGGAUUACAUAUGGCUGUGCUCUUAAACUCCUGAAUUUGUUGUCCAAGUCGCACCUCAGAAACUUCAGAAUUUGCCAUUUCUUUGUAAGAUCACAAGAUGGCAGGGAUGCUCUCCUCUGUCAAUCAGGGUGAUACUAGCCAAUCAUGUGCAUCUGUAAGCUUAUGUAUGUGGAAGAGGGCAAAUAGCACUCUCCUAGAUGUGUGUUAUACUGCUCUGUGGUGCAGCUGUUUGCAGAUUCUGGCUCUACAUGCCUUGGAGGUGGCAGCUGUUAUGUGGCAAGCAAGAAGUAGGUAGAAAUGAGUAAAAUUACAGAAAAAAUGUGUAGAGAAAUGUUGGCAUGUACCAUAAUCAAAAAUUCUAGCACAUGCCUGUUCCAUUGAUAUUUACUUAUCCACUAAGUUGUCAUCAUGUACUACAAUUAAUUCCAUAUUCGUUUAGUUUCCCCACCCGUGGUCACCCAUCACCCCUCAGCAGUGCCAAGCCGAUAACUGAGCCCGAUGACAGCAGUGUUGCACUAACUGUGUAGUCUCUACCACCACAUGUUGUAAGUGUUUAUUUAAAGACUGUGUGUGGAAGACACAUGUAGCCAUAUUCCUCUGUGUGUACAAGCCUCUGGAGUCAGAGGAGAUAAUUAUUCCACCACAGUGCUGAUAAUGCGGUGGUGUGGGCAGUUCCUCAGCCGUGUGGGCAGCCACUGCUUUCUGAUUUCUUCAACGUUGCUUGCUUUGCUUGUUCGGCCAUUUUGAAGUAAUGGGAUAUCCAGUCUUGCCUUACCUAGCAAUCAAACCAUCCCUGUGCCUCUGAUUGUGUGUGUGUGUGUGUGCAUGUAGCUGUAUAUGUGUAUGGAAAAUGCUUGUCUUUUUGGCUCUUUUUACUCAACGCUAAUUCCUCCGUCUUUCCCGCAUGCUCUGUUCUUUUCGCACUUGUCUCUGCCAAACACUACAAAAAAAAUCUUAUUAAAACAGAUUCAGCUUCUGUUCUAAAAAAGACACUGCCUCUUUAACCACUUUUCAACUGGCAGAAGUGUGUGUGUGCUUCAGGAUGAGUCAGACAACCUGCUCUUUAAUUAUUUCAUUUCUCCUUCUUUAUUUGUGAUUAUGUAACUCCAGAAAAGGAGAGAAUGGAACUGAUUCUGCCUCAAAGUUUUUAAAAUCUAAAAUUAACUCCUUCUUUCCCUUAUAUGGACAUGGUUUAAAUAGGGGCUUUUAAAUCAUAUUUUAAAACGAAUUAUAUCAUGUGCCAAAGGUGAUAAAAAGGUGUUGUUUAAACCUGUUCGACUCAAAGGGUUGAAUGUAAAAAACUUUAAAAAAAAAUAAAAUAAAAUAAAAUAAAUAAAUUAAUUAAUAAAAAUAACAAGUUUUAAAGUAAGGAUUUAUCCCAAAAAAUUAAAAUUAAAAAUAAUUUUUAGCAAAAUUUCAGUUUUAUAAAAAUGAAAUUAACCCAAAAUGACUGAUUUCUACAGGGCAGAUUUAAUAUUAUUGUAACAAAUUAUAGAUUUAAAUACAGAUUUAUUUAAUACGGACAAAUAAUGAUUUCAAAAGUCAUUACAAAAUGUAAAUUUUAAUUCUAAUUAUAUUAUUAUAUUUUACUCAUAAAUAUAUUUUGAAUCUAAUUCUGUCCUAUACCAAAAAUGUAGAAAAGAGAAGCAAAUUUUCAAACAGAUUUUUCUCACAUUUUUAUGUUGCCAAAAUAGCAGACUUUAAAAUGUAACCUACUUAAAUGCCCAAAAGCAGAAAAACCCAUUUUAAAACAAAUCCUUAUGUUUUUUACUUUUACUUCUGUGUGAUAUAAAAUUCCUUACACACCUGGUUCUCCUUAUUUCUUUUGUUUUUGUCGUUAUCUGUUUCUGUGUGUUUAGGAAGCAGGACGGUUUGAUUUUAUUAUCAGGAUGAAUAUGUGACCUAAGGUUUAAUCUCUGACUCUCUGAUGAUGGCAUGUUAAAAUGCCAUGUAACACUCUCGCUCUCUGUGCUUGUACAUACUGAUCCAGGAUCGACUUUAAUGAAACUUUGUAAUGGUGUCUGUUGGUUUGCCCUCUUCUUUCUCGAGUCCACAACUUCAGAUAUAACCAUUGUUAUUUGUACCUAAUGUAUGAUACUGCAAAUAAAGUAUGAGAAAUAAAGCACCA